AUGUCAUCAAGUGAUAGAAGGAGAUAUCCAAAGUUAAAGAAGAAAGGGUUACCGGAACAUAAAGAAUUGGUAACACAAGAUGAUUGGUAUGAAGAAGCUGUGAAACUUGAAGAUGGAGCCGAAAGAUGGUUUCUUUCGGAUAUUAGGAAAACAUUAAAGGGGUAUUCAGAGGCCAUGGUUGCAUAUGAGAGAGCACUAAAUGCAGAAAAUUCAAAUGCAGAGGAUACUUAUAAUAUUCACUAUAACCAGACCAGACUAUUGUUGAAGAUUUAUACCGAUUAUGCCAAUGUCGAUGGCUAUAUUAAUUUACUUCAGUAUGUUAAUUUGGAUGGAUUAGAUCUAAGCUCAGUUAUAACAUCGAUAGAAACAAUCGUCACAAGGUUUGAAACAGUUUUACAGGCUUAUCCAGAAAAGGUCGGAUGGGACUUUCUAUUCAACACAUUGAUCUCAUACUACACCUUUAUUGAAUCAGAAAAUAAUACUUCUGGAUACGCUUUAAUUUCCACUCUGGAGCACUUCAUAUCCCAUUUUCACCAUCUCAUUAAUUUAGAAUUGGAGUUAUUGGAGAGUGAAGAAAGAAGCGAUAAUGUAGAUGAAGCAUUUGAGGAAGCGCAGUUCCAGCGUGAUAACCUAGCUGAACAAUCGAAAAUCAAUCUGAACACUGGGGGUGGCAUCAAGACCAGAGAAGAGGAAACGGCAAAAACUGAACUUGCUCUUUCCACAGAAGCAUUUGACAAAGAAGUAAUGACUGACUCCUUAGCCCUUGGUUAUAAACUGGUUUACGAGGUAAUGGCAACUAUAUGUCGAACAGAAAAUCUAAAAGAUGAGAUGCUUCUCAACAUAGCACAAAAGAAUUAUCUAACUGAGAUGUUAUCAAAAUUUGUGCCCCAACUAGAUGAAAUGGCUGCUAAUCUUGAAGCACAUCACCCACACAACUUUAGCGAAUUAGUAACUAUAAAAAAAUCUAUCGAAAGCUUGAAAUGGAUCUAUCAAAGAGAUCUCGAAUCAUUCUUGAAAUCUUUGGAUAAUAGUGACAAAGAAGGAUUAAUGAGCAAUGUAGAGCUUUUAGAGUUAGCAGUUGAAACCUUCCCCCCUGAAAAAAGCUGGGAAAUACGUACCCAUCUCUCCAAAACUCUAGCUAAUCUUCAAAAUAUUCUAGCGAAGGAACAAUCGGAUAUCAUUACAGGUAGAAUAAAAAACAAAGACAACGAGCUAAGCCCUAUAGUGUUCAAGCUUUGCGACAUCAUGAUCAACAGAUCUGACAACGAACUUUAUAGAUGUAUGAUCAAAAAAGCAGAACUUGACCAACAUGCAGAACCACAUACAAUAAAGGAGGGGCACCUAAAAACUAUAGAAAUACUCGAAAGAAACGCCACUACUCUACUAACAAAUGCUAAGGAUAUUGCCCAUAGAUCGUGUGGCUUCAGUGAAUAUAUUACUGACAAAUUAAAAAGAAACUAUAUAUUCGGCCAAGCAACCCUUCGCUUGCAAAUGCUUGAGUCCACAUCCACAGCCUUACCAGAAGACCUCGAAGAUCAUCCAUACUACCAAGCCUUACAUUCAGCCGUUAUACGCAUUUAA